AUGGGGUUUGACGAUGAUAACGAUGUAGGGAUAGCCGGAGGUGGUAAAGGAGAAGCAGACAAAAUGGGGUUGACGAUGACCAAUGGCUGGCGUUAUGGAAUUCCAAAGGUUGAGCCGAACAGUGAUUUGCAACAUCGUGUUGAGAUGAUGAGUAAUAAUGAUAAGUUUCCAUGUACGGUUCAUAAUGGCGAAGAAACCAAUUGCUUCAGUAACACUAAUAACGCCACUAGAGCCUGCUCCGACUGCAACAAAACCACUACUCCUUUGCGGAGAAGGGGCUCUCGAGGUCCCAAGUCGCUUUGCAAUGCCUGUGGGAUUCGUCAAAGGAAGGCGAGACGCGCCCUGGAAGCAGCGGCAAAUGGGGCGGCUGUGGUGACUGAUGCAGCGCCUUUGAAGAUCAAGGUACACGGAAACAAGGAAAUGAAGAAAUCGCGUAGGGUAUACAAGAAACAGCUGAAGAGUAAUUCAGGGAAUAACUGUCUCCAUGCUGAGAUGGAGAGGCAGAAGAGGCUUUGCUUGAAGGAAUUUGGUUUAAGUUUGAGCAGGAACUCGGGUUUGCGGCGUGUGUUCCCUCGGGACGUGGAAGAUGCUGCAAUCCUCCCAAUGGAACUAUCUUGUGGCUUUUCUCACAGUUGA